UGUAAAUUCUGUAACUCAUUUCUAGAAAACACAUACCAUCUUUCAAAGCAUAUUUUUCUUUCAUUCCUGGACAAUGUGCAAUAAUUGUGGUCAAAUGAAAAGAAAAAAAGAAAAUGUAUUAUUUAUUAAUAUUUUUUAUUUUAUGUCUUAUUUGUUGUUUGGUUUGUUGUAUUAUCUUUUAUAGUUUUUUUCAUGUCUUAGCCCCUCAGAAUGUAAACUGUAUAUAUACUGUAAUUGUUUUGUAAUACUUUAAUUAAAAUAGAAAAGCGCUUUUUAUCGCAGAUGAAAUCGAUGCAAUUGAAUUGCCACUGCUUUUACAUGAAGGGGGUUAUGAGGACAAUAUAUUUCACAUGGGUGUGUUUUUUGCACAUAUAAAACACAAAAUGACUAAUGAUUAAUGGACUUUUCAAUGGAACAACUAAGAAAAUGAUGUCGGACACAUUUCUAACCAGCACCGAUCAUAGGCGAUCGAUUCUGCGCAGAAUCUGGCCAUCUCAAACAAGCUUCUUGUCACGUCCUGCGUGAUGACGUCACUGAUAUGCAAAUCCGCGCGUGACGUCAUCUGGCAACACAGCAGGCUUUAGCUACCUUCCGUAAAUAGUUGGCAACACCGAGGAUAGAUAACGUCGAACAGUCGUUGACUUCAGAUGCCAGAAAUGGCGUCCAAACGGCCUUUCCUCGAGGAGGAUUUUUCUUGUCCUAUCUGUUGCAGCGUCUUUAGCAAUCCCGUUCUGCUUUUAUGCGGUCACAGCGGCUGCAAAGAGUGCAUUGAAAACUACUGGAAGGUCAAGAAGUUAAAGGAGUGUCCGCUCUGUAGAAAAGUGUCCAUCACCAAGCCUCCGCCUAACCUGGCGCUGAGAAACCUCUGCCAUGCUUUUUUGGAUUACCAGAAGCAGUUGGAGGAGCUGUGCGAAGUUCAUCAUGACAAACUGAGUCUGUUUUGUGAUGAUGAUGAACGGCUCGUUUGCGAGCGUUGCCGAGACUUCGGCGAGCACAAAUUCCACACGUUCCGUCCAAUAUGUGAGGUCGCUGAGGAAAAUAAGAUUUUCUUUCGGAGUGAACUUAAUUUCUUGUCGAUGAAAAUGGUGAUUCUACAAAGAGCCAAAUUUGACUGUGAUGAAAAGACUAACUACGUAAAGCAUGAAUCUAGACUCAUAGAGACUCACAUCAGGAAGGAUUUUAAGAAACUUCACCGGCUUUUGGAUGAUGAAGAAAAGUCAAUGAUUCUGGAACUACAGCAAGAAAAAGGACAGAAGUUGCAGACCAUGAGAGAAAAAGUUAAGAAGAUGAAUGAAGACAUCACUACACUCGCUGACACUAUUAAAGACUUAGAACAGACACUGGAUAGUAGGGACAUCAAAUUUCUUAAGACCUUAGAGGACACUUCAAAGAGACUGAAGUACACUCCCAAGGAUCCAGUAGUGUCUCCAGGGGAGCUUAUAGAUCAUGCCAAGUAUAUAGGCAACCUCAAGUAUAAUGUUUUGAGCAAAAUCAGAAAAUCCAUCGGCCACAGUCCUGUGGUGUUGGACCCGAACACAAUUAACUGUCAACUUCAGAUGUCUGAUAAUCUUACAGAAGUGUGGAACCCAAAUGUGUUUCUGGAACCUAAUGAAUGCUGGGCCAUCGUUCCGCUUCCUACAAACCUGGAGCGAUUUGAAAAUUACCCCUGUGUGCUGGGCUCAGUAGGCUUUACUACAGGCACGCACAGUUGGGAUGUUGAAGUGAAAGACAACAGUUUCUGGAUGGUGGGCGUGACCACAGAAUCAGUGCAAAGAAAAAGAUCCUUUGGGUUGCCUAGUGAUAUCUGGACCAUUGGAUUUGAAAGCCAAACUCUCAGUGUUAGGAGUCCCCAGGAGUCGCGCCUCCAUCUGAGUGGAUAUGAGAAACCCAAGCAGGUGCGGGUAAAACUGGACAUGAGUGAAGGACAGGUGACGUUCUCUGAUCCCCAGAGUGACAUCAUCUAUUACACAUUCACGCACAAAUUUGGAGAGAAAGUCUUUCCUUUCUUUUACACCGAGUGUCUUGUACCUCUAAAAAUUCUACCUGUGGUCUAAUUGUGUAAUUUCAAAAAAGUAUUUUUAAAUGCUAGAAAUGAAGAUAUCAAAAUACUUUUUUUAAUGUAAAUCCAUAGUAGUUUGCAAUGUGAGUUAUAAUUUUAUUUCUGAAAGGGUUGAAUUCCUCAAACCUCACACAUAUAGUUUCUCCAUGUCCGUAUGGACUAAGAUAAAAGCACAACACAAAUCUGCAGUUUUUUAAUGAAAAAAUCUGUAAUUUUUAAAUGAUUGCUCUGUGGUCAAAGUUGACAAACCCUAUUUAAUACUUUUAUGGGAUGGACUGGCAAUGUGCCAUCUUCGUGGUGAGGCGGUACUGCUUGGGAUCGGACCAGACGCUUUGCCCACUCAGACGGAUGUAUUAAUAAUGCGAAUGCAUGCAACACGAAUGCAAAAGACACGUAUGCAUGCCACCAACCCCCCCGACAGACUAAACCAUGCACUUCCCCCCAGGUCGAGAAACCAGUCCAUGCGAAGCCAUAAAUGUUCAUGUGUUGAGGUUUUACAGAUGUAUUCUUGCUUAAACUAAUUAUAAUCAUGGAAUCUUAAGUAAUGAUUUGAAUCAAUUAGUCCAGAUAUUUGGUUUACGGAUUCAAAAUAGUCUUUCAGACUGUUGUGUUGAAUGUGAAAUCAGAGUGGCCUUAGGAACUCAAUGUUGUUACACUGCAACUCAUUAUUUUAAAUAAAAUUGUAUUUGAUUA